GAGGCCCUGCAAUACAGCACAGGAUCGGCUCUUCCAGAUGGAAUGGUUUUACAAUUAUUUCUAAUAUCCACAAAGCUGGGCUUCUUUGUUUCUUUAUUUGGCCAAGAUGAGUGACAACGGUGACAACAGCAAGAAUCUCAGGUGUUUUCUCCCUUUAAUGCAGGUGUCAAACAAUGCCAGCAGUGAAAGCCUGCAUCUGAUGGAUCUAACGUUAUUUAUUUAAUUUUUUUUUUCUAAAUCUGCUUUAAUGCCAAACUCUGCUGGCCCCUAAGAUGUUUCGGCUGGAUAUGGUGAUUCUUGUGGUGGUUUCAAUGUCUUAUUUUAACCCUGAAAAGGCCCUAGCAGCGCCUUCGGAGAUUGGAGGCGUGCCUCAGGGUCGUGCCCUUCUAGCACCACCAUAUGCCAUUGCCAUGAUUUCCUGCUCAGGGCUGUUUGCAUUCAUCUUCCUUCUCAUCACUUGCCUCUGCUGUAAAAGAGGAGAUGUUGGUUUCAAGGAGUUUGAGAACCCAGAUGGAGAGGAAUAUUCUGGGGAGUACAGCCCUGCAGCAGAGGAAACGUCAUCCUCCCAGUCCCUGCCAGAUGUUUAUAUCCUUCCACUGUCAGAGGUUUCACUUCCAAUUCCACUUCCACAGGUAGCCAAAGCAGAUUUCAUAAAACACCAAGGCUUUGGUCGUCAUAACCUGAGCUAUCUGCAAGAGAUAGGAACUGGAUGGUUUGGAAAGGUCAUCCUGGGAGAAAUCUUCACAGAUGUGAAUCCCGCACAAGUGGUGGUGAAAGAACUGAGAGUGAAUGCAAGCCCGCUGGAGCAACGCAAGUUUUUAGCAGAGGCUCAGCCUUACAGAAGUCUCCAGCACCCAAAUAUCCUUCAAUGUCUGGGAAUCUGUACUGAAACUAUCCCCUUCCUCCUUAUCAUGGAAUUCUGCCAGCUGGGAGACCUCAAGCGUUAUCUGAGAGCUCAGUGCAAGGCAGAUGGAUUGACCCCUGACUUGUUAACCCGUGACCUCUCCACUUUGCAGCGAAUGGCCUAUGAGAUUACUUCUGGGGUCUUACACCUACAUAAGAAUAAUUACAUUCAUAGUGACUUAGCUCUGAGAAACUGUCUUCUGACCUCUGACUUAACAGUGAGGAUAGGAGAUUAUGGCCUAUCGCACAAUAACUAUAAGGAGGAUUACUGCAUCACCCCCGACCACCUGUGGAUCCCUCUGCGCUGGAUUGCACCCGAACUCUUAGAUGAAGUUCAUGGAAACCUGGUGGUGGUGGAUCAGAGCAAAGAGAGCAACGUCUGGUCUUUAGGGGUGACAAUGUGGGAACUGUUUGAAUUCGGAAGUCAGCCUUAUCGCCACUUGACUGAUGAGGAGGUUCUGACAUUCGUUGUAAAGGAGCAGCAGAUGAAACUAGCAAAACCUCGUCUAAAAGUGACUCAUUCCGAUUAUUGGUAUGAAGUAAUGCAGUCCUGCUGGCUUCCCAUUGAUCAGAGACCCACAGUGGAAGAAAUACACCUUCUCCUAACCUACCUCCUAAGUGAACGUGCCAAUGAGAGUGAGGACAGUUUUGAGAGGCACUGGAAUGCACUAAAACCCAACAAAACCCCUGGAAGUAUACAUUCAGAAGAGAUCUCUGCCUUUCCACUGCUGGAUAACUUUACAGGAGACAGCUUCCAUGCCGACAUGGAUGAUAUUCUCACCGUUACAGAGACAAGUCAUGGUCUGAAUUUUGAAUAUAUGUGGGAAAAAGCAAGGAUGAGCCAUUCAGAACUGCCAACACAUAUCAAGGACUAUCCUUUGCCUUGUCCAGUCCCAAGUCAUGGUUUAACAGUCCCUUCUAACCCUUUCUAUGACUCUAGCCGUCACCAUUCAAGGCAAAGCCUGGAGACACCGAGUGUGGUUCCUGUGAUUAGUGCCCGUAGCCCAUCUGUAUGUAGUGAAUACUACAUUCGACUUGAGGAACAUACGGAUCGAGACAGCUGCUUUGAAUACACUGUAUGUGCUCCUAGCCCCAUCUCUGAACGUCAGAUGGGUUUUGAUUCUGUGAAUCAGAGGUCACUUAAUAAGCCAAGUGACUUCACUUAUACUCACCAGCCUUUCUGUGAUAGAAGCCCAAUUUCACCCAUUAAGCCUCUCUUUUGUUUAAAUCACGAAGUGCCCCAAAGCAGGAAUGGGUAUUUUUCUCAUGAUACUCGACAGAGAGAUACUAGAAGCCAAGUAUCACUGUACCAGAAUGCUAGUCAGCUUGCGUUACAUGACAUGUCUCUAAACUACAAGGCCUGGACUCCCAGCAAAACUAAUCCUUUUGUGUCAAAGCCCAAGGAACUCCCCAAAGCAGUAAACCCCUUUAGGCAUUCAAUCGUGUCCACACUGAAAGAAGAGUCUUUUGAACACUUUGAAGAGACAUCGUUGAUGGAACCCAUGAGAAAUAAUGGGUCAAGCGAGGAACUUAAGGAGAUGUUGAAUUCCGCGAAACAUAAUUCACUGUACAAAAAGCCUGAGGACAGAACCAGGAGAAGAACUUGUACUAUUCUUCAUGAGGUCUCCUCUGAAGAGUCAAACUGCAGUGAUGUUCUAAAGUCAUCAUACGUUGAACAAGACAGACCUACCUGGAUACCAGAACGUCCACUAGAUGAGGUUUAUAUUCGCUCUAGUGAGCGUUCUGGAAAAAACACUGUUCACCACCCUUCCUGCCCACUAUAUGAAACUGCAAAUUUAUUAGAUUUCAAACUAUGUACCUGUGUCACCAUCAAAGAGGAUCUGAAGAAUAACUCUGGAACUCAGGGUUUAGAGAACUGUAGACAAAUUCCAGAGGCACAGAAAGGAACAUCUGAAAACAAACCAGUUGAAGGGCAACGCUCCUCACCAUCUCAGCAUUUCAGCAAUAAUAUUAUUUCAACUACAUUGCCUAAUAAUUCCACAUCAAAUACAGAUGGACUCAUUCUGACAAAAUGUGGGCAGUUCUAUGAUCCUUUAAUGGGAACAGCAGUGAAGAAUUAUGAUAUACAGGACUAUUCGAGGAGGACACAAACAAAAAUGAAUGUUCCUUUAAACAAGUCUCUGACAAAUAACCUAUCCUACUUCACCAGCAUGUCUAACUCCCUCUCUGAAUGCAGCAUUAUUGUUCCCAUUGAAAUUCCACCUCUUUCUACCUUAGCCCAAACUGUAGAUGAGGACACCAUUGAAAUAUCUUCUGAUGCUCUGGAGGGAUAUAGCACAGUACAGUCAGCAUUACUGUCUUCUAAUGUCUCCCAGCAAGUAAAAAGAGGCACUUUGGACUCUGUGGAUUCUUUGGACAUACCAUCAAACACAAGUUCGUCAGAUAUGUGUAGCCCUGCCUCUCAUUAUUCUUCACCCAGUCAGAAAUUUGGUGAUAGCGGUUAUGAGACAGAGAACACCCUCUCACCGGAGCUCAUUUUCAAGGACGCAGAUGAUUCAAAGUCUCAUGAUUUGUCUUUGACUCCCAUCUCAGAGUCUGUUAGUGAUCUCACUCUAACAGAGGAUGGACUGGACUUUCAGAUGACAUCUGAGGAUAAUGCUUCCUUGAGAGCUUUGGAUAUUGAAACUCCCUAUAGAGAUUCUGCUUAUUUCUCUGACUUUGACACAGAGUCAGAAAAGUGCCAAGCCCCGACAGAUAGCAGAAGCACAGAAGAUCUGGUACUAGAAGAAAACAGAGCCUUAGAAGACAAAGGAGGGGAAAUACAAAGCAAUGAUGAAGGACACGAUAAUCAGAAUGGAGAGAUCAGUAGUUGCAAGGAGAAUAAAAGGAUUGUGGUUGCAGCUUCUGAAGAGGAAUGCACAAUUCAUGGUGACUCAACAAAAGUCUUAAACUGUAAUGAUGAAAAGGAGGCAGAUAGUGAAAGAGAAAAUAAAAAUGAGUUUGAUGAUCAGUCUGAAAAGUCAAAUGAGAACGGGUCAAAAGAGACUGAUGAUGCUCACGAAAUGUUUGAGAAAGAAAACUUUUUUACAACUGAUAUAAAAGAAUCAAUUGAGGAAGAGGAAGAUACAGAGACUUCAUCAAGGGGGAGAGAAGAGAAGAAGCCUCCUACGAAAAUGAAUAAAACACAAGGUGAAACUGGAUUUGUAGUACAGGUAUCCAAAGAAGAGCUUCUAUUCACCUUAAAAGAGAAUGUCACAAGGAAUGUUUUAUCAUCAAGAAAGACAUCUGCAAGAGGUUUCCACAAUAACGUCCUUGCAGAACAGGCAGUAGUGAGGACAUGGGCUGAGGAGCAGCUAAUGAAGGCUAUUUCUUAUCCCACUCACUCUAAACAAUCACAAAGCCAGGAAGAAAUGCCAGAGAAUUCCAUCGUCUUACUAGAGGAAGGCAGUCGAGUAAACAAUACAAACAAUGCGAACAAUGUGAGCAACAGAGCAGAAAGCGCAGUGUUAGGAUCCGAAACACUGAACUCUGACACUGGAGUAUCUUGUAACUCAAAGAAAGAUAAUGAGGGUCCGGCUGCUACAGAUGACACUAUCAUAAAAUAUGACACCGAGGACAGCAGUGAGGAGGCUGAUGAAGAAGAAGAAGAGGAUGAGGAUGAAUUUCCAAAAGAAAACAUAAAGCAGAAUCUGAAAAGAGCUCAUGAUGAUGAAACUGCAUUAAAUGGGAAGGAACUAGCCCACAGUGUUCAGUCACAUAGUGGAACAGAUAAAGCACAGACAAAAAGGGAGGGCCAACCAAAACUGUUCCUUGAUUUUGGACUUGUUUCUCCUCAAGGAAGUGAAAACAUCAAAGCAAAAGUAGCCCGCCUUUCAUUGUCCUUACCGCCACUCAACUUACAACCAUUCCCUACUUCACCUCCUUGGAAGCCUUUCUGGGAAACAGACAGUUUUACAGCAGACAGGGACUAUAACACUGGCAAUCACAGUGACGGAUUUGGGGACCCAUUCUGUCACAGCUUGGAGAGUGAAGAGGAACCCGAGGAAGUCCCCAUCAUUGUCACAGAAACAGAUGAUGGACGAAACCUAAGAAGUUUGUUGAAAUCUCCAAAGUCAGUAGAAGAACUUGAUAGUGAGGAGCUGGAUAAGAAGAGAAAGAUGGUGUCCUUCUUUGAUGAUGUCACAGUGUAUUUGUUUGAUCAGGAAACACCAACUAAUGAAUUGAGCAACCAGAAUACUCCUGAGAGUGAGCCAGUAUCCCAGGAUGGUCCUGGGGAUGCAACAAUUGAUGCCUUCCUUCCCGCUGAUGGCUUCAGUGGCAGCUUCGAAUGGGAUGACGACUUUCCUCUUAUACCCCAGCAUUCUUCGUUCACAUCCCAAGGAUCUGAACGUAUCUCUUUGCCUCAGCCUGUCAUCUUCACACCAGCACUGCCAGUGAAAAAAGUAGAAACGACAAGUGCAGAGGGCCUGAAAUAUUCACGCUUCACGGUGUCACCAGCACUGGAGCCCCAGUUUUCCCCUAAACCCCCAUCACAAACAGACAUGGCAGCUUCAGCAGAACAGAGAGAAAGCUGAAAUGUACAUGAGUCCUAAUCACAGAUAUUGGCAAUCGAAGCAUCUGUAGGCCAGCAUUAGUAUCGUCUGAUGAAGUGACUUCAAGCAACACUUCUUUGCGUGGAGUUCAGGAUAUUAUCAGUGAUUCUGUUCUUUCAGAAAACACUUCUUUAGGGGGGAGGGGGCUUUCCACUAACAUUCCGAUUUUGAUUGUGAAAUGCUGCUGCUGGAUCUGCAGAGAUCAAGAUGGGAAUACAAUGUCAUAUCAAGCUUAUUUUAUCUGAAUGGGGAAGGGUUUUCAGCUAUUACUAAAAGGUAAUUUAUUGUUAUCAAGUUUCAUAAACUUUUGCUGAUGUUUCAACAUGAGACAAACUGGAACUUUUAUCUGACGGUUGUGGUGGAAUGUAAUUUUUGUGAUAUAUGAUUCAAGAUGGGCCAAACUGUGUGAUCCCUCCAAACAUCUUCAGCUGUGCACAUCUCUAAAUGGUACGAAAGGCAACCUCUUUCUCUCAAGAAUUCCGUGAAACAUAAUUUCCAGGAAAACUCCUGAGGGGCAGUGACUGGUUUGAUGAUACAGCAUAUAGAAAUGCGAAUUUCUACUUAUUAAAUGUAUACAGAUACUAACAGUACCAGGCCUUUGCUGGUGUCAUUUCAUAUUUUGACAUCCAUGGACGGGGAAUUAUUAAUCGACAAGGAUUCUGGUUCAGUAUACAUAUACACAAUGGAGCUGAUCUGUGAUGUUUACGAUGUUAUGGAAACUCUGCAAGAAAGAUUUCACUCCACUCUGAUGUUAAUGUUAAGAAAUAUGUCUCAAACUUCAAAGACACUACUAAAAGCUUUACAUUUUCUUAUAUAAGGUAGUUCUGUUGUCAUCGCUAUUAACCUGGAAAACACAAGUAAAUUAAACACAAUGAUUUUGUAUCAGCACAGCACUGGUCACCUAAUGUUAAGCUUAAAUCAGAAACAGAAAACAUUGUACGCAUGCCACUGGCAGACAUAUUUUUGUGCUAAUCAGCAAUAGUUGGAUACGCAAAGUCAAUAGAUACAAACAUGCAUAUGUGUGUGUUUGUGAGUAUGUUUAUUCAUCUAGCUAUAGCUAUAUCAAUAUAUAUAUAGCUAGACAGAUGUAGACACAACAUACACACAUAUGCAAUUCCUCAUAUACACAUACAUACAUACACACAAAUGCAGAUAUGUAUACAGAAAUAAGAGAAGAAAUAAUUUGGUCAGUUGGUGGUACUAUGACAACCUCUCUCUGGCUGUUUUUAAAAAGUUCAGAAUGUUAAAAGACUUUCAGACAAUCAUAAAACAUUAAAAAGUUAUAGAUGUAGGUUUUCAUUUGACUUACUUAGAUUUCCAGCCCACUAUUUUUGACCAUCACAACUAUGAUAACUACCAUGAACUGUCAUUAAGUGUCAACAACAGAUG